GUUUUGCUUGUAGUGGAGUGUGGAACGUUUAGGCAACGUGAUCUGGUUCUUCGCGGGAAGGUGGGCGCCCUGGUGCUUGGCCAGCCGCGGCGUUGCGGGCCUUUGGGGGCCGCAGAUUUGGUCUUUCUUCACUGAUAUAAGAGCUCGGCGGCGGGCCGCGCAGCGCCCUGACCCGUCCUCACCAUGUUGGUGCUGUUUGAAACGUCCGUCGGCUACGCCAUCUUUAAGGUUUUGAAUGAAAAGAAACUUCAAGAGGUUGAUAGUUUGUGGAAAGAAUUUGAAACUCCAGAGAAAGCAAAUAAAAUGUAAGUCAUCUUGAAACUAAGAACUUAGCAGUUAACAUUUAGAGGUUUUUGUUUUUGUUUUGUUUUGUGUGUUUGUGCCCCCCCUUCAUGUAAUAUAUCCAUAACUUUUUGUUUUGAACUCUAUUUCAGGAAUAAUAUUGGUAUGAGCCCAAUUAUUAGAUUCCUUAUUUGGAGCAUAGGCCAUCUCAGCUAAUUUGUAUUAAUUGCAGAUGAAGUUGGACAGCACCCAAAAAACCACUAUUUUUGUAAGAUAUUUGAAAGCAUAAAUUGAUUGUGAAUUAAGUAUAAAUUUCUGUUUAAAGUAGUAACUGUCAAAAGCAUGGGCUGCUAAUUGAUUUAACUUAUUAUUUCUCUAAGUUAGUGAUAUUCAGGUGUUUUUGAACUUAAUUCAUAGUUUAUUUAUUCUUUAUGACUAGUAUUUCCUAACUCCCUCUGGCGUAGUGAAAUAACUAGCUAGUAAAUACUGGAAAGGCAUACCUUUGUUCCCCAAGGUCUCUGGACAGGAAAAUAGAAUAUAACCUUGAUGCCCAUCCUAAGAAAGGAGUGGUGGGAGAGAGAGCUGGCUUUUCCUCAAGGUAGAGUCAAGAAGGCUAUUUCACCAUCUGUGAAUCACCCUGUGAAAUAUCCCAUUUGGUGAGUGUGGUCCUAGGAAGGAACCGACUGAUCUCUUGAUUAUGUCCUUGGAUGCCAAAGGGCAUUUCAUAAUUCAUCUGCUAGUGCUAAUAAAAACUCACUAGAAUAGAAGGAAACUACUCAAGCUUGCUAAAGAGUGCUGAACCCAAGGAGAUGUCAUACUAAAUAAUUAGAGAAACAUGGUAUACUGGAAAACCAUGCUUCAGAGUAAUUUGUAUAACGUGAUUGCAUUUUGCAGGUGUUGUUGUACACCUAUAUAUGCAUUUAUGCAAAUAUACAGAGAUAUAAACAAAUGCCACUUCAGAUGAGUGGAAAUGGGGUUAGGUGGAAUAAGGUGAAAUAAUUGCUUUUUUCUUACCUCUUUCUAUUGUUAAGUGUGCAUUUAAGGUACCACCAGGGUGUUCCCUGAUGAGGUGAGAAAACCUUGCUUAAGAUAACAUUAUUUUAGACACAGUGGAAGACUAGUUUUCCUUUUUAAAGGGCUAUAUGCUUUAGUUGUCUGAGUUAACUUGAUUCACUGUUGUCGAUGAUGUAUCCUUUUUGGACCUGAAUUUACGUGAUCUAACUCAAAUAUUCGUCACUACCACUGAGACAACAAUGGAUUAACUGUAUGUAUUUGUUUUGAUGUAAAAUAAUGUUGUCCUGCACAUAAGUGAGUAGGGAGGAAGGGGGUAAAGUAAGGGUAACAGGAAUUAGAUCUAACAAUUAGUUAUUUUUUAAUGGAACCUGUACUCGAUGCACAAAUCAAUGUCAUGAGAUUUCUGACGUAAGAGGGACCCUUACACCUUUUCUUAAGCCACUUCUGUGCUGUAUAGUAAAAGGCAUUUGUGUCUAACUUUAAGCAGCAGAGGUUAUGUUGAAGCUUCAACAUCUUUCCUGUGGUUUAGAUGUGGUAGCAAACCUCUUUUCUGUUGUUCCAAGUUUCCUUCAAAACCUACAACCUCUAUAAUAGUUCAGACAUUACUAGCCUAACAUUUAGAGAAAUUGGUCAUUUUAUUGGUCAUUUUAGAAGAAUAUCUAACUUUACACCAAUACCCAAUGGUAGGAAAGUUUUUUAUUGGUGUAUGCUUUGGAAACAGUCCAACACCUCUUCUCCUAAAUAUGUGGCUUUUGCACAAUCACUGUGCCCCCAUAACAUUUUUUUUUUUCCCUUAAUUCUAGAGUAAAGCUGAAACAUUUUGAGAAAUUUCAGGAUACAGCAGAGGCAUUGGCAGGGCUGGUUUUUCCCCUACAUGUGAUGAGAGGUGAGAAGUGGUUAAGUUGAUCUCCCUGUGGAAACCAACAGCAUAAUGCAUAAAGCACAAUUCAGUAAAAGCUGUUCUACAAGGGAUCAAGCAUUCACAGCUCUGAUGGAGGGCAAAAUCAAUAAGCAGCUGAAGAAAGUUCUGAAGAAAAUAGUUAAAGAAGCCCAUGAACCCCUGGCUGUAGCUGAUGCUAAACUAGGAGGCGUCAUAAAGGAAAAGCUGAAUCUCAGUUGUAUCCAUAGUCCUCUUGUUAAUGAACUUAUGAGAGGAAUCCGUUCACAGAUGGAUGGAUUAAUCCCUGGGGUAGAACCACGUGAAAUGGCAGCCAUGUGUCUUGGGUUGGCACACAGCUUAUCCCGAUACAGAUUGAAAUUUAGUGCUGAUAAAGUGGAUACAAUGAUUGUUCAGGCAAUUUCCCUGUUAGAUGACUUAGAUAAAGAACUAAACAACUACAUUAUGCGGUGUAGAGAAUGGUAUGGCUGGCAUUUCCCUGAAUUAGGAAAAAUUAUUUCGGAUAAUUUGACAUACUGCAAGUGUUUACAGAAAGUUGGCGAUAGGAAGAAUUAUGCCUCGGCCACACUUUCUGAAUUACUGCCAGAGGAGGUUGAAGCAGAAGUGAAAGCAGCUGCAGAGAUAUCUAUGGGAACAGAGGUUUCAGAAGAAGAUAUUUGCAACAUUCUGCAUCUCUGCACUCAGGUGAUUGAAAUCUCCGAAUAUAGAACCCAGCUCUAUGAAUAUCUGCAAAAUAGAAUGAUGGCCAUUGCACCCAACGUUACAGUCAUGGUUGGUGAAUUAGUUGGAGCACGGCUUAUUGCUCAUGCAGGUUCUCUUUUGAAUUUGGCCAAACAUGCAGCUUCUACAGUUCAGAUUCUUGGAGCAGAAAAGGCACUCUUCAGAGCCCUCAAGUCUAGACGAGAUACCCCUAAGUAUGGUCUCAUUUAUCAUGCUUCACUUGUCGGCCAGACAAGUCCCAAACACAAAGGAAAGAUUUCUCGGAUGCUGGCAGCCAAAACUGUUUUAGCCAUCCGGUAUGAUGCUUUUGGUGAAGAUUCCAGUUCUGCGAUGGGAGUUGAGAACAGAGCCAAAUUAGAGGCCAGGUUGAGAACCUUGGAAGAUAGAGGGAUACGGAAAAUAAGUGGAACAGGAAAGGCAUUAGCAAAAGCAGAAAAAUAUGAACAUAAAAGUGAAGUGAAGACUUACGAUCCUUCUGGUGACUCCACACUGCCAACCUGUUCUAAAAAACGCAAGAUUGAACAGGUAGACAAAGAGGAUGAAGUGGUUGAAAAGAAGGCCAAAAAAGCCAAGGUUAAAAUUAAAGUUGAAGAAGAGGAGGAAGUAGUAGAAGUAGAAGAAGAUGUAGUAGAAGUGGUGGAAGAACAGGAGACAUCUGUGAAGAAAAAGAAGAAAAAGGACAAAAAGAAACACAUUAAAGAAGAACCGCUUUCUGAAGAAGAACCAUGCACCAGCACAGCAAUUGCUAGUCCAGAGAAAAAGAAGAAAAAGAAAAAAAAAAGAGUUAAUGAGGACUAAUGGAAGGAACCAUUCUUUCAAAGAUUUCUUAAUUGAAU